AAAAUUUUAUCUUUUAACGAAUUGAAUAAGAUAUAAUUAAAAAAAGAUGCCAGAAUUACAGGCAGAUUUAAAUGAAGCGUAUUUAAUUAAUCAUGAUAAUAAGAUUCCGCGCGUUCUAAAAGUAUAUACAUAAUUCAAAAUUAAGGCAGCACGGGCGAGCAAUCCUACAUGCAUGUAAAACUACAGUGCUAAACGCAUGGCAUUUGAAAAAAAGCUUUGAAGUGAUCACUUAUCAAACAAUUCGUUCAUAUUUAAUAAUAAUUAACGGCUGUCAUUCUUACGAUGGAAAGCGUCAAAGGUUUUUUCGAUUUGUGCGUAAAUGAAGCUUCUAUCAAUGAAUCAACGAUUAAAACUUUAUACAAGCACGGUUAUAGGACAAUUGCAAUUAAUUAUGAAGUUAAUGAAGAAGAACAGGUGGAAAAUAGACCACAGGGGAAAAAGAAACGAAAAGGAGAAAAUCAGGCAAAUGAACCUGAGAAGUCUCUAUUUCCACAGGUUAAACCUUUUAGUCCUAUUGAGGGAUGUGAUGGAUUAACUGUUUUGUUCCGACUUACAGUACAUUUAGCUACAAAAGAGUUUUAUGCAAAAAUAUCUAAAAUGAGUGAAUUUAAAAAAUUUCACAUAAUUGCAGUUUUACCCUUAAAUCAACAAAUAUUUAGUGUGUGUUGCACAGAAAUAGAAGCUGACAUAUUAACAUUUAAAUCACAUUAUAAGGCCGAAUUUAAAGUAUUGCGCAAACAUUACAAUCAAUGCCUUGCUCAUGGAUAUCAUUUUGAGUUGUUAUAUGCGCCGACAAUCACCAAUGAGUCAAGCAGGCGCGUGAUGAUUUCAAACGCGCACAGCUUGCAUGUGGUGGGCAAGUCGCGCAACGUAAUUAUUUCAAGUGGCAUUAAGAGUGCAGUACAGAUUCGAAGUCCAUAUGAUGUCAUUAAUUUAGGAUUGAUCUUUGGUCUCAAUCAGGCUCAAAGUAAGAUGGCGGUGAUGCAAAAUGGUCGAAAUGUUUAUUGUCACGCAGUUAGCAGACGUUACGGAAAAAUUGCAAUGCUCUGCACGAAUGUAGCGCCGAUUGCAGGCGGAGAGGAAUGCACUCAAAUGGAUGUUUCUGUUAUUGAACUCGAUGACGACGACGAUGAAGAUGUGGCGGAUGUAGGACACCAGUUGAAGAAAAUAAAAACUUAAUAGAAAUAUUAAUCUAACGGUUGUGCAAAUUAUUUGCAUGCGCAGUUUGUGCGCAGGCAACUUUACAUACCAUUUUACAAUAAAAUUUUCCAUUUUAUCAACAUUGAAA